AUGUCUUCAUCAGAAGAGGAAGAGCCUUUGAGGAUUCUUUUGGUGGGCAAUGGAGGAAGAGAGCACACGUUGGCUUGGAAAUUGGCUCAAUCUCCUCUUGUCGAGGCCAUCCAUAUCGUUCCUGGCAAUGGCGGGACUGCAAACCUGCCCAAAUGCCAGAACAUCACCAAUGUCGACGCGACCGAUUUUCCCCGCCUCACCGAACACGCCAUUGGCAACCGCAUCAACUUCCUCAUCCCGGGUCCUGAAGCUCCUCUGGUAGCAGGAAUCACCGACCACUUUGCCAGAUAUGCGGCCCACGUCAACAUAUUUGGUCCUAGUAAGAAGGCCGCUCGUAUGGAAGGAAGCAAGACCUUCUCCAAGGACUUCAUGAAAAAAUACAACAUCCCAACCGCGAGAUAUGAGAACUUUUCCCAUUAUGAGAGUGCACAACAGCAUUUGGACAAGGUGGACUAUAAUGUGGUCAUCAAAGCGGAUGGUCUUGCGGGGGGAAAGGGCGUCAUCAUCCCUACAUCCAAAGCUGAGGCGCAAGAAGCUUUGAAGGACAUCAUGCAGAAUCGGGAAUUCGGGGAGGCAGGCAACUCGGUCGUGAUUGAGGAAUUUUUGGAAGGAGAUGAGAUUUCCAUCCUCUCUCUCAGCGAUGGAAAGACCAUCCUCUCUCUUCCUCCAGCUCAAGAUCACAAACGGAUUGGAGAGGGAGAUACGGGACCCAACACCGGAGGAAUGGGAACCUACGCUCCAGCUCCUGUGGCUACAAAGGAGAUACUAGAGGAAAUUGAGAGGGACACGCUCCUUCCAACAAUUCGUGGGAUGGAAAAGGAGAAGAUGCCAUUCGUGGGAUGUCUCUUUACUGGCUUCAUGCUCACUCCUGCGGGUCCACGAUUGUUGGAAUACAACGUCCGGUUCGGCGAUCCGGAAACACAGUCUUGCUUGAGUUUGCUGGAGAGCGACCUUGCCGAGCUUAUGCUGGCAGCUGCGACCGGAUCUCUCGACACCAAGACCAUCAAGGUSAAGGAAGCAAGUGCAUGUACCGUCGUGGUAGCAGCCGAUGGAUACCCAGGUUCAUACCCCAAAGGCACGGUCAUGCAGGUCGGAAAGCCAGCGGAAGGCAUUGAGUUCUUCCACGCAGGGACGAACUUUAAGAAUGGACAGUUGGUAACAUCUGGCGGCAGAGUCAUUGCUUCCACUGCCACGGGAGCCACUUUGAAGGAAGCUGUAAAGAAGGCUUAUGAGGGCGUUGAGCAGAUCAAAUUCGAGGGCAUGCAGUUCAGACGGGAUAUCGCCCAUCGAGCUCUGCGGUGA